AUGUCAUCCUUCAACUUGGAAAUGCUUAAUUCAAUCCAUUCUUCCUCUCCUGAGCCCAAGGCUCCUGCUGACAAUGCAUCUCUGCAUGAAGGAUUGGCAUGUGGCAGUCCUGCACUGGAGCUGGAAUUGUGUGCAAUGUCGCGCCUGAAUUUGAAACAAGAACUUUUGGAGGACAUCGAGUCCUGGCUGUGCAAGUGGGAUUGCCUAGAGGCUGGGAUUCGCGCAUGCAGCAAAGACACAAAUGAGGCAGGUGUCGCCCUUGCCUUGAGUGAUGAGAAAAAGGUGUCCUUACAGGAGAUGAAGAAGCGACUGGAAGAAAGCGGUGGAGAAGCUGAUGGAGGAGGCGAGUUGUGUGUGCACAGAAAGGGAAAAGGAAAGGAGAAGGCAAUGAAUGUGGAUGUGGUCCCUGAUAUGGGGAAACUGGUGGACAUAUGUCAGCGGAGAGGUCCAAUGACCCAAAGUGCAAGAGGUGUGUGCUGGGCAGAGUGUCUUGUAUGCAAGGCUGUACUUCUUGCUGCACGCCUUGCGAUAAAUCGCACAUCACAUGUUCUUUCAGCUGCAGGAACCACCAGUCCUGCAUGCAAGGUGGCACACAUGGCUGAGGAACAUGUCCCUGUCACCAAGCCAAUGAUGGCUGACAAUGCGGACAAGUCAGUCAAACCUUUGCCAGCACGUGUGCUGGCUGCUCAAUCUUUGCGUGAGAAGGAUGGCAGUGCAGAACUUGCUCACCUUCACACCAAAAAUGUGCAACUCCUUGAGGACAAUGAUUGCCUUUGUCAGUCAAACAAGGCCUAUGUACACUUCCUUAUCAACCUUUGUCAACAAGUGCGCGGACAACAACUCGAGUUGGUGGGAAUGAGCAACAAGUUUCAUGUGUGGGCAGAUGAUUGGAGGGUCAUGGGACAGAAGAUGGAUGAGUUUAUUGCAGGGCAAGAGCAUUGGCCAGAGUAG